UGGAAUGGAAUUGAAAUAAUUUAGUUUCUUGCUUGGAGUAAAGGAAAUCAGGUAUAUUUUAACAACCUUGUAAACCUCUGGCAACAUAGAAUAACAGGCAACGAUUGAUAAUUUCAUUUAACUUUGUAAAGUCAUCGUGAUUUCCAUGCGUGUUUUCUUACCCGUAAAAGUGCGAUGUUUUGUUACUUUCCACCGCUCAUCUGCAUCUCGAAACGACAUGAUAGACUUUAAGCAACGCCUAUUUUGUGGAGGCAUUUACUUGGUUAGCGGUGUUUUUUCGACUUAACCGGUUGGUGUCAAUUGGAAAAAAUUGAGAUCUCUGAAGAUCGAUUUGCUCCACUAAUGCAACGCGAAUCGGACGACGAUGGGGUAUUCGGUCAACGGUGCCGUAACGGCACUUCGAUCUUCCCGGACCACCAUCCUCGUCGUCAUCCUCGUCGCUCUCUUCCUCGAUGAGACACUCAUGACUGUAGUCGUUCCCAUUAUACCAGACAUCUUCAUGAAAUCCUACUGCUCGAAUACAUCAUCGGUGGAAGGGACAGCAUCACUAAACGGAUCGCAUCAUCUACCCCAAAGUGGUAGUGAUGGAGAGAGUGGUAUGUCCGAUAUCGUACCCAUCUCGCGUCUCCAAGAGUACUCGUGGUACGACGAAGAGCUCGCUAAUAAAUUCUUCGCGGAGCAUCCAUCGUGGUUCGAUGAUAACAGCGGUAUAGAUAGGCCGACGACAACGAAUUUGAACGGGAUGGACGACGAGCUCGUCAAUGAAAGCGAGGUCGACAAGGGGAUUGGCACGACAGAGAGCCUGGAUGAAUGCAUCAAGCAUGUCAACAUCAGGACUGGACUCCUCCUGGCGUCGAAGUUCAUGAUGCGCUUAGUCCUGAGCGCUCCUCUUGGCAUCUUCACAGAAUGGAUAGGAUAUUUCAUUCCACUCUUCAUAAGUACCAUCAUUUUGCUGGCAUCAUGUCUAGCGUAUGCGUUCGGUCAUUCAUUUGUUGUAUUCCUGAUAGCCCGUCUGCUCCAUGGCGUAGCUGCUACAGCAAUUGAAAUAGCUGGUCUUGGUGUGGUGGCAUACAGCUAUGCUGAUGACGAAGAGAAGAGAGGCUUCGCCAUUGGACUGGCUAUCAGUGCUUUCGCGUUUGGCUCGUUAGCUGGUCCUCCGUUUGGGUCUAUUCUAUACUCUUUCUGCGGUCAAGCUUCUCCUUUCCUCAUACUUGCUGCCAUUGCAUUGCUACUGGCCUUUGCAGAAGUUCUCUGCAUCUCACCCGAAGCCCGUAACGACAGCCCGGACCCUGCCCCCGUCUACGUACUUGUCAAGGAUCCUCUCGUCUUGGCUUCAGCAGGUGCUAUAGCUGUAGCCGGUGCUGUGAUAGCUCUCCUCCAAUCAUCGCUACCCUUAUGGCUACUCCAGACUACAGACGCCAAGGAUUGGCAAUUAGGGGUUAUUUUCUUGCCUUCGAGUAUUAUGCAGAUCAUCUCUAGUGUACUAUUGGGAUUUUAUGGUAACAGGAUAGGACGAUGGUUAUGUGCGAUGUUAUCUCUGCUUCUCCUAGCAACCAGCAUAGCAACGGUACCUUUGGUAAAACAAGUAGUUCAGCUCAUCCCAGCCAUGUUAGGCAUCGGAUUCUCUUUCGGUGUGGUUGACAGUACUAUGACGGCAUCCAUGAAUCUUGUAGCUGAUAUAAAAUACAAUGGGGCAUACGGUGCAGCGGCGGCUAUUUCUACCUUCGCGUUCUGUGUUGGGUUUGCAAUAGGACCAACUAUCAGUGGACUUUUAGUGAACUCUAUCGGAUUCCCAUGGACAAUGCGAACCAUGGCCAUCUUGGCUGCAGUGUAUGCGCCAUUUUGUAUUGUACUCAAAAACGUUCCCGGCAAGGACCAACUGAAAGGCACAGAAAGAGCAGUCUUGUUGCCACAUCAUCAACUAGAGACUACAGCGGUCAGGCUUCAAGACGGAUGAACACCAUCGUCAGCCAUAGUGGAGGAGACACCAUGAAGGGGAAGUGUUUGUCAUUUUGAAUAUGAUCAUGACUUAAAUACCAAUGUAGAGUGUUCGGUUGUGUAAUACAGUGCAUGUACGGUAUGCGCUAUGUAUAAAUACAUUCCACAUGUGUGAAGGUUUACCCUCUACUUUAACCCUCCCCCCCCC